GAUGGAGACGAUGAUGAGGAGGAGACCAUCUCUCUGGAUUCCAGAAGGCAUGAGGUAUCAUGUUAAGACUGUGAAAGUACUAUUUACUCUACAAUAGUGAGGAGUCCUCAUCAAAAUCAAAAAAUCUAAUUUCUUUUACAGGACCCAGAUGCUAUACAGUGGGAAAACCAGCCUGGCAACAUAGUGCGUAUUAAUAAAAGGACACCACAUCCUGCCAAAUUCCAGCUGCGCUAAUUGUAUUGUGUUCACAGAGCUCACAAGCUAUCAGAAAGUUGUAUGGCAACCACCUCCGGCGCCAAAUAGAACUGGCAGACAUAGACAUUCAGUACAAGAAGAAAAAGAUGGAAAAUCUUGCACUGGAGUCCGAAAUAAAAAAGAGGACAAUUAGGAAACUGGACCUUGAAAUAAAAAAACUUGAGAGGGAGCUCCAAGAAGAUGACACAGCUCAAAAUAAAAAUUAGCAAUCAGUACAACCAAGUCAUCGUUAUAAGGCAUCGCCCUCUUUUGCCCACCCCCCCCAGCACCAGGUGUGGCCACUAGCCUAUAUGAAGGCCCAAAAUUGUGUGUUCCUUUCUGCUCUGACAAUGGCAUGCCCAUUCGUGCGAGAUGUGGUGGAUGAAGAAGCACUUGUGCUGAGGAGAGCCUUCAGGCGAGAAAGGGUCUUCAGGGACCGGUUGGACCCACUGGCCUUCCCUGAUGACCAUCUAUAUGAAAGAUACAGGUUUUCUGCAGAUGGCAUCAGGUAUCUAUGCAGACUACUGGGUCCCAGGAUUAAGCACCGCACUGCACGGAGCCAUGCACUGAGUGUGGAGCAAAUGGUUUGUGUGGCCUUGCGCUUUUUUGCUAGUGGAGCCUUCCUGUACUCAGUGGGGGAUGCAGAACAGCUGAACAAGGCCACAAUUUGCCGCACAAUAAGGAGUGUGUGUCUGGCUAUCAAAGCAUUAGCAGAUGUCUUCAUCUCCUUCCCUGGCCACAGAAGACUCUGUGACAUCAAAGAGGAGUUCUAUAGGAUUGCAGAUGGUCUGCAAUGCUGACUGUGUGAUCAGCAAUGUUGUGGCAAAAUGGCCUGGCUCAGUCCAUGACUCCAGAAUCUUUCGGGCCUCUGAAAUCUAUCAGUGCCUAUCACAAGGUGAAUUCUCUGGUGUGUUGCUGGGAGACAGGGGGUAUGGCUGCCAGCCUUUUCUCCUGACACCUUUCACAGACCCCCAGGAAGCACAGCAGGCCUACAACCAUGCCCAUGCCAGGACCAGGGCCAGAGUUGAAAUGACCUUUGGCCUCCUGAAGGCACGCUUUCACUGCCUUCACAAAUUAAGGGUCAGCCCUGUUAGGGCAUGUGAUAUUACUGUGGCUUGUGCUGUCCUCCACAAUGUGGCCUGCCUGAGGAAGGAGAGGGCCCCCAGAGUGCCACCAGCCAUGGACUGGGACAAUCCGUCAAUCUUCCCUGAUGACGACAGUGGUCGGCUGCUGAGGGACCAAUAUGUGUUGAAUUAUUUUAGUUAGUAUGUGUGCUUUCAAUUUUGGUUAAAUAUGUCCUGCGGUGGCAGAGGAAUUUGGGUUUUUUUGGGUUCGUUUUGUUACGAAUUUGGCCUCUUAUGAUGUUUGUGCGGUAUACUGUGUGUAAUACAAGGCUGCAGGGAGGCUACUGCAUCCAUUCAUUUGUCUGUUCAGUUGAUGUGUAUGGAUUUGUCCUGCAUUUAUUUUAGUGUGCAGACAUGCAGGGUGUGUUAUAUACAGACCUUUGAAUGUGUAUGUAUCAUUUUGUAUAAUAUGCUUGGAUUCUGUGCUUUCCAUCUUGUAGAGUCACUGUGACUUCAGUUUCGAAAGGAGCUGAUGGUUUACCUGCUUUGUUUUGUCCUUAUUCAAUAAAGGAACAUAAUGUUACACAUUGUGUUUUUAUAUUCA